AUGCUCGCUGCUGCUCUCGCUCUCGCGGCUGGUCUCUUCGGAGCCUCCGUCAGCGCUGCUCCCUUCAACGCUACCGUCUACGCAAAUGGUACUGUCGUCGCUGCCAACGGCACUAUUCUCAGCAACGGUACCAUCACCAACGGUACCCUCAACAAUGCUACCACCCUUCCCGCUGCUCCCUACGCCAACGUCUCCGCUCCCAACGGUGGUGCCGUCGCUCCCGCUCAGACGGGCUUGACCACCACAUACCAGUCCUUGACCACACUCACCGAGACCUACGUUAUCGGUGGUGAGCAGACUUUGACUACUACCACCAUCUACCCCACUGUCCUCGUCGAGGCUUCCCGCUACUCUGAGGGCGAGCCGGUUACGUCUUACGGUGGUGUCGAGACUACGACCAUCACUAUCACCCUCCCCGCCGCUGGUACCUACGAUGUCGUUGGUGAGCCCGUCACUGUCACUGCUCCUACAACCCUGACCCAGGAGUACCCCUGCCCCACCCAGUACGUCUACCCCUGGGCCGCCGCCCCGACUGGUCCCGUCACCGUGACUGUCUACAAGACUGUCAUCGUCGGCGCCUUCCCCUCCGUCGCUGUCUGGACUGAGACUUGGGCUCCGGUCCCCACGACGUGGACUACGGAGUAUGUCGCUCCCACCACUGUGACCUCGUACGUGCCUGCUCCCACGACGAUCAUCAUUAACAACGAUAUUACCAUCGAUGUUACGAUCGCCCCUACGUUCAUUACCUACGAGACCACCGCUACUGUCACCAGCACGGUGACUUCGACUGCGACGUCGACUGUCUCCGCUAUUACCACUGAGACCGUCACUACCUCCGCUGCUGCGUCCGCAACUCCGUUGACGUUGUAUGCCGACAACGCCGGUACCUUGAUCCUCGCCGAAGAUGGUACCUUGGUUUUCGAGAACAACACCGCUCCUACUGUGUUUGGACUCAACGCCAAUACGGGUGCUUUGACGAUCUUCUCUACCGGCGAGACCGUCGCGACAACCAAUGACGACAACUCUGCUUUCACUACUACCACCGCGCUCGCUCGUCGCUCCCUUAACCUCUUGGCUAAACGUCAGUCUGGGUUGAUCGCUGGUUUCUGGAGGUUGAUUGGUACGAUUCUCAACUUCGCUAUCAACGGCGAGACCCAGGUUUUGGCUGCCUGUCCCGCGUCUAGGGCUUCCAGGUUCUCCUUGAGGCAUUUCGGACGUGGACGCCGUCUUGCUACGGGAUGUUUCGUGGUUACUUUGACUACUGUUCCCCCUACUGCUGAGACUACCACCUCUUCCGCUGUCUCCUCUACCACCGCUUCCGGUGUUGGUGCUUCCUCUACUGGUGUCACCUCCACCUCUGCGUUCCCCAACAACGGAACUGCUUCUUCUACUCCUGCUACUGGUGCUGGUGCACUCCCUACCUCUACCGGAGUUACCAACAUCAACGGCACUACCAUUAACCCCGGUGGUCCCAUCGAGUCUAUUACUUCUGCUCUUGGUAACGGCACCGCUGCUCCCACUUCCGUCCCGGGAUCUGCGAACAACGGUACUGGUAUCCUUUCUUCUAUCAGCUCCGUCAUUGCCUCCGUCAUUGCGUCCGCUACCUCCGCUCUUGGUAACGGCACCGCUGCUCCCACUUCCGUCCCGGGAUCUGCGAACAACGGUACUGGUAUCCUUUCCUCUAUCAGCUCCGUCAUUGCGUCCGCUACCUCCGCUCUUGGUAACAGCACCGCUGCCCCCACUGGUACUCCCUCCGCUUCCAACGGCACUUCCCCCGCUGCUACCGCUUCCCCCAUCGCCUCCCCAUUCACUUUGGCCGCUGACGGCGCUGGUGUGUUGACCCUGGUUGGUGGUGUCUUGACGUUCGAGAACACCUCUUCCCCCUCCACUUUCACCAUCAACGACGAUGGUGCCCUCGUUUCCGACGGUAACAUCAUCUCUACCGCCGACGCUGAUGGCUCUCCCUUCGUUGCCGCUUCCGGUAUUUCGCGUCGUCAACUCGCGCCGAGUGGGUUGUGGAGGUUGUUGGCUGGUGUCCUUGAGUUCUUCUUGAACCAGGAGAGGCAGGUUUUGGCGGCUUGUAACACGGGUGGUGUGGUUACCCUCAACCACUUUUCUGAUGCUUCCUUGGUGGGUAACUGUUUCACUGUUUCUCUUCAGCCUGCCCCUGCUUCUGAGGAGGCUUCUUCCUCUUCUUCUUCCUCUGAGGUCGCUGCUCCUACCGGUACCAACAGCACAUCUGCUGCCACUCCCGCCGAGGCUACUCAGACGAGCUUGCCCGUUGAGUCCAGCAGUGCCAACUCUACCACCGCUGCCCCUACCGCGGAGUCUACUGCUUCUGGCGUUACCAUUCUCCCCAUCUCCACCUCCUCUGAGGCUUCUUCUUCCGCCACUUCAGUUGCGUCCCCCUCCGCCGGUUUCCUCAACAGCACCAUUGCCAGCCCUACCGGCGUGCAGAGGAGGGCUUACCGCUACGCUCGUAUCUAA